GGAGGACAUCAGACCUUGCCUCCCCUCGUCUCCCCUCGUCUCCCCUCAUCUUGCUAGGGAGAUGAGGUCUUCGAUUGCUUGCUAGUAGAGUGUAGGUGGCAGUACUGGCAGCCGCUCGCUGCCCUCCUCCUCUGGUCAUCUCGUCGUCUCACCUAGCUGCCCAUCCCGUUGAGCUGCUCCUCCCCUAGCCCCCGCUCCCCGCCUCCCGCUUGAAAGUUCCCGCAACCUGCCGCCCGCUUCCCGCUUUAGAUCUUUUCUUCCGACACUGGGUCAUCUUCAGUGUCCUUUUCAUCGCCAUCGCCAUCGCCAUCGCCAUCGCCAUCGCCGUCUCCAUUCUUAAGGUAUCGAUCUCCAUAGCUAUCGUCACUCGGUGGCCGCCAUCGCCAGCAUCUCGCAGCAGCCUUCCUAUAGAGCUGAUCGCCAUAGCUGGCUUGUAGUGCUAGCACAGUGGCGCAGCCGAUUCGUAGAGUAAUCUAAAUAUAGCAUCAGCGUCACCGAACCGGAUAAUCGAAGUGAGUCACGGCAUAUUUGCUCUACGUGACCACAAAAAAAAAAAAAAAAAAAAAAAAAAAAAAAAAAAAAAACGCUGUCAGAUUCGGUCUGGUCUCUCUAUCUGUUCAUUCUUAAGUGGUAGCUUGGUGUGGACUUGAAAGCUGUGAGAGCAUGGCGGGGGCUUCUGCUUGUUGUGCCAUCGCUGCGGCGCAAGGCGCAUCACUUGCGCUCUCGUCCCCCUGCGCUGGGGAGAUAUGCGGGCAAGUCGACCGAGGCGGGCAUGGCGCGGAAGCAAACCUGUUGUCGUUCAAAUGGCGGAAGACGGGGGCGGGGGCGGGGGCGGGGGCGCUCUUUCCCGCCGCAGGGAAGCUGUCGUCGGGAUCGGCGACCUCCGGCUCCGGUUUCCGCAGGUCAGCUCUCCGCCGGCCCAAGCUUGGAGAUGGUGUGGAGGCGGAGGCGGAGGAGGAGAGGCGACAGACGAGCAGGAGGGGGUCCUCUUCUUCCCGCCAAUACUCGAUUCAAGCCAUAGCCACGCCUGAAAGGACGCAGGAGGCGGACACCGCGACCUCGACGACGUCGACGGGAGUGGGAUCUCCGCUGGCUUCGUCUCAAGGGAUCGCGACUGCCGGACCACAGAGGGGAUCGGCGGAGUCCACUGCUGACCCGGCUUCUCCAACCUUCUUGCCCAUUCCCUCCUUCGAAGAGUGUUUCCCUUCAAGCACCAAGGAAUUCAGGAGAGGGGGAUAUGGAAAGGAGGAGGAGGAUGUGGACGAGGAGGACAAGGAGGAGGAGGAGUCGAGAUGGAGGAGAAGAGACGGACGGAGGGAAAAGAGGAAGGGCAGGAGGAGGACGAGUCGGAGGAGGAGGAGACACGGAUGGCAAGGAAGGGUAGGACACGAGAAAGGGGAGGACACGAGGAAGGGAAGGAGACGAGGAGGCAUGGAAGAUGAGGAAGUACGAGGAGGAGGAGGAGACGAAAAGGAGAAGGGAGGAGGAGACAUGGAGGAUGAGGAAGGGGAGAAGGAGCAAGGCCAUUGGAUCCUCGAGGCGCCACAAGAGAGUGCCGCUCCGUCAGGAAAAGUCCCGCAGAAGUAGGGCAUGUGCGAUCACAUUUUUCUUUCACGUUCCGUUCACUGCACCUCCACCUUUAGCGACACUUUUACGUUCUUAUGAACACGGGAGGAAGUGGGAUCGCCCCCUUAAAAAACUGACAAUGCUUCCGAAGUAAACUUGAAGCCAAGAAAUUCAAUCUACCAAAUUGAUCCUUGUCUAACAGUGGUGGCCUCCAACCAGAAACCCCAGACUCCCAAUUCCAACUCAAAUUUUAACCAACCUAGAUAAAGACCAGCCUAAAAC